UCACAACGAACUUUGUCUAUUAUUAUUUUUUGUAUAUUUUUUUAAUUAAUUUCAAAUUUUGCAAUAAGUAAAAACAAAAAUGAAGAUUCCAUACAUCAUCAACAAAAAUACAGUUGUUGUUUACACACCUUCCAAGAAUAGUUUACAGUUGGUCGGUGAAAAUAUAAGAAAACUAGUUGCGGAAAAUUUCGAAUGGGAUAAAGACCAUUGCCCAUCGUUGAAGGAGUACUGUGUCAAUGCUAUUGGGAAGAAUUUUGAGAACAAACCAAUUUUGGAUGAAUUGCCUUGUUCAGAUAGAGUGCAUCUGCUUGAUAUAUUACCGAUUAAGCUUCCUUUGGAACUAAUGAUUCCGUUAAUCGAUGAUGAAUAUUAUUGGAAACGUCGAUACCACGAAACCUACGGUCUCAUUAAACGCCAUCUGCCUGAAAACUGGACUUACAAAAGCGUUUACAUAGAGAGACACGUCCAGCAACUAAUCGAAGAAGCCCAGCCCCAAUACAAUGACGAAGAAACUUUUGACGAAAUCCUCGAUUUGUGUUCUCCGUAUGUCACUUGUUUGUAUAUCGAACAGAUGCAGGCAUGGAAACCACCAUUGACCAUGGAAAAAGAAGAUAUUCCCGAAGAAUAUCCUAUAGAUCAUAUCAAUUUUUGGCCUAUUUUGAGGAGGUUACCUGAGGUGGAAGAGUUUCAUUUGAUUUACGGUAUGAAUAAAGUUGGAGAAGAUUUCUCAUGGAGAAUGUUCAAAGUGUCUGUGUCGGACUGUCAAAAAUUGGGAAAAGCCUUGUUGGAAUUGAAAAAUUUGAAAAUUGUUAGGAUACAUAGGAGUUCUUUAGAAUUUAAACAUUGUCAAGCUUUAAUGCAAGGCCUGAUAAAACACAAAUUUAUCGAAGAACUCGACUUGUCCAACUGCGACGUUGGCGAUGCUGGGGCUCUUUGCAUAGCACAAUAUUUAAUGGACGGUUGUAGUCUGAAAACAUUAAUUCUGGCCAAUAAUCAGAUCGGACAGAUUGGUUCUGAAGGACUGGGUUUCGCUAUUCUCAAUGACAAUUGUGACACAUUAUAUGAUCUGAAUUUAAGAAUGAACCCGCUGGGUACACCAGGAGCGAUGGGCAUAAUGAGAGCUUUGGUACGAUGUUCGAAAAUUAGAAACUUGUCUUUUGCUUCCUGUAUUUUUGACGAAGAUACUCCUCUAAAGGUGUGUCAGAUGCUGAAGUUGAACGCAUCUUUGAAGGUACUCGAUAUCAGCAGCAACUGGUUUGGUGAAUCUGGAGGACGUGAGCUGCUUGAUGCACUGACUAUAAACAUGACUGUAGAGUCGUUAGAUUUGAGGGAAACCGAUAUAACUCCAGAACAAUUAGAGAAAAUAACGGAAUAUCUGGACAGAAAUAAGAAUAUUGAAGACGACGGAAAAGUAUGAAAACACUGAAAACGCAGAAAAUACAUGAAAACAUUAAAAUAAAAAAAUAAAUAAAAUUCUAAAUUGUAUCUAUUAUUUACUUAAUAUCUCAUAAAUAAAAAAUAGAA